AUGGCGUCUGUAUAUAAAUCGAUAUCGAAGAAGAAGCAGGAGCGUCCCGUCAACGACGAGUUGGAUGAUGAUGAGGACAUUGAUAUGAACGAUUUGAUCGAAGAUACAAGUGAUGAGAGCGAUGAAGACGACGACGAAGGAGAAGAUAAUCAAGCAAAUGCCGCGAGCCAACUGCAGAGUAUCAAAGAUGGCUUUAUGCCGAAGACUCGUGUCUUGAUGCUCACCUCGCGAGGUGUUACACAUCGACACCGGUAUCUCCUUUCCGAUCUGACUGCACUGCUUCCCCAUACGCAUAAAGAGAAUAAAUUAGAUACGAAGAAAAGCGGUGGAUAUAAUAACCUCCUCAACUCGCUCGCAGAGUUGCAUUCCUGCAAUGUCGUGUUUUUCCUCGAGGCCCGCAAGCGCGGUCAGGAUCUAUAUCUCUGGCUCUCUCGCCCACCCAAUGGGCCUACAAUCAAGUUUUCGGUUACUAAUCUUCAUACCAUGGGCGAGAUGGGCACUGGGUUUGCCGGAAACUGCUUGAAAGGAGGCCGCGGCGUUGUCGUCUUUGACAAGUCGUUCGACGAAAAGGGCCCUGAGGCAGUCGGUCAUACUGGCACAGAGUACCGUGGGCUCAUCCGAGAGAUGCUCCGCAAAGUCUUUUGUGUACCCAAGCGCGGAGUCAAGGGGAUGAAACCGUUUGUUGAUCGCAUCAUCGGUGUCUUUGGUGUCGAUGGCAAGAUUUGGAUCAGAGUCUACGAAAUCCGGGAGUCGGAGGCGGGCAAGGGCAGCAGCAAAGAAACGGAAGAUGGGGACGAUAAGAAAUCUGCGAAGAGCAAGGACAAGGGCAUUGGUGGCCCGGAGGUCUCACUCGUUGAAAUUGGCCCGCGUUUUGUUCUCACUCCAAUCGUCAUUCUCGAGGGUAGUUUUGGUGGGCCUGUGAUCUACGAGAACAAGGAGUAUGUCAGCCCGAACCAAGUACGUCGCGAUACCCGCCUCGAAAAGGCUAGUCGGUAUGCGCAACGUCGCGACAUGCAGACCGGCCACGAGGCGAAGAGAUCCACGCUCGGUCUGGGCAAAGAGGGAAGGGAGAGAGAUGCGUUGGACACAAGGGAGGUGUUUGCUUGA